CAAGCCAAUAUUUCAGCAGGCACAGAUCUUGCGAAAAGUUUGCCAAAGAUAUCUAAAUCGUUAAUAAUAGCAGUUGUCAUAUUGUCAUUCACGGAUCUCACUGACGCGAGAAAGGGAGGCGGUGGUGGAGGCAAAGGCGGCGGCGGUGGAGGAAAAGGCGGCGGUGGAGGCAAAGGCGGCGGUGGAGGCAAAGGCGGCGGCGGUGGAGGAGGCAAAGGCGGUGGUGGUGGAGGCAAAGGCGGCGGCGGUGGAGGCAAAGGCGGUGGCGGAGGAGGCAAAGGCGGUGGCGGCGGAGGCAAAGGCGGCGGCGGCGGUGGAGGAUCAUCCUCUAGCGGAGGUGGCGGCGGAGGGUCGUCAUCUUCUGGAGGUGGCGGCGGAGGAUCAUCAUCCUCUGGAGGUGGCGGCGGCGGUGGCGGCGGUUCGUCGUCUUCUGGAGGUGGCGGCGGAGGCGGUGGCGGAUCGUCAUCUUCUGGCGGCGGUGGCGGCGGCGGCGGCGGUGGAGGAUCAAGUUCCAGCGCAUGGAGAAGGGUACCCACCGAAAGUAGGGCAUGGUUUCUGGACAGUGAUGACCUCAAGAGGAAUGAAACCAAGGAACCAGGGGAAGAGGGGGAGACGGGAUUCGGUGGCUUGGAACGGGACACAGCCAAGACCAAAUUGCCGCCUGAGAUGGCGGCUAUUUUUACGCGUAUCCUGGCCGUUUCAGGUGGUGGCCAAACGGUUUUGGCCAAACAG